UCGGUGUUUCUAGAAAACAGAGCCUCUUUUCCCUGUUUGGAUAUUUUUAAUUUUGAUACAUUUGUUUCCUCCAUCACCGUUCCACACUCGCCGUUGUUUCUGUCAAUUUUUUUAUUCUCAUUUCCCGGAAAAGACCAUCGUUUUUCAGUUUCCCUCAUGGAACAUCAUUUCCUCGUAACGGUUUCUGGUCGCACAAACAUGGGUGUCUGUUGAGGAAAAAAAAAAGGGAAAAGAAAAUUUUCUCCACCGUGUUUAGCUUUCCUUUCUUCCAAUUUCCGAGUCUGCAGCAGAAAGAGGUUCAAUGGAAUCUAAGUCUAACCUUGACUGCUUCCUCCGGUGUACCACCCCUGUGGUACCAUCUCAGUUUCUUCCCAAGAACGAGAUUAGAAACCUUAACCGUUUGUGGCAUCCUUGGGAGAGAGAAGCAGUUGAAUAUUUCACUUUGGGUGAUCUCUGGAAUUGCUUCCAUGAAUGGAGUGCCUAUGGAGCUGGAGUUCCUAUAUCCUUGGCCAAUGGGGAAACACUUGUGCAGUACUAUGUGCCUUACCUCUCUGCAAUUCAAAUAUUCACCAGCAAUACUUUCAGGGAAGAGACAGAGUCUGGUGACUGUGAGACAAGGGAUUCCUAUAGUGAUUCUUACAGUGAUGAGAGUGAGUGUGAUAAGCAAUGGAGGUGGGAUGGAACUUCAUCAGACGAGGGAGGAUUUGAACAAGACUACCUGUGGCAUUUAAAUGACCGAUUGGGUCACCUUUAUUUCCAGUAUUUUGAAAGAUCAACUCCAUAUGGGAGAGUUCCUCUAAUGGAUAAGAUUACUGGGUUAGCUGAAAGAUACCCUGGGUUGAUGUCACUAAGAAGUGUAGAUCUUUCACCAGCAAGUUGGAUGGCAGUUGCUUGGUACCCAAUAUAUCAUAUACCCAUGGGAAGAACAAUUAAAGAUCUUUCAACAUCUUUCCUUACUUACCACACACUUUCAUCUUCAUUCCAAGAUAUGGACCUUGAUGAUGAUACUGAGGGAGCCCACAAGAAGAGAAAGAAAGGUGAAGGCAUUUUCCUGCCACCAUUUGGUUUGGCCACGUACAAGAUGCAAGGGAAAGUUUGGGUCUCAGGCAAUUGUGGUAGGGACCAUGAAAGGUUGGUUUCACUACAGAGCGUGGCAGAUUCAUGGUUGAAGCAACUAAGGGUCCAGCAUCAUGACUUUAAUUACUUCAUGGGUGUUCGGCAUGGCUACAAGGAUUAAUGGCACUACUUUUCAAAUUGACCACUAAAAUCCUCCUCUCUCUCUUUUUUUUUUUUUAAUAGAUAUUUGGCUCUUGUGCCCUUGCUUGGACCAUUAAUUGCACCUUUUUUUACUUUUCUUGAGUGAGUGUGAGGAAUGAGGAUUUUUGGUUGUUUAACCCUUGAGAGCAUUUUAGGACAAGCCCUUAUGAGAUUCCAGGGAAAGGGUAACUGAUGAAUUGACUACUACUUAUAGCUGCCUCUUGUCAAGAGGUCUUUGUAUGUAGAAAGGUAGGUGAGGAGGUCAGAGUUACAUAGAAAUUGGAACUUGGAUUUUGUAUCACUUGCUAUUGACCAUGAUGGUUAAUGGAUGGGAUGAGAGAUGUGCAAAUUUUCUUGUAAUUAGUGCUACCAUGCUACUGGCUGUUGAUAGCAAAUAG